AUAAUACACAUAGUGGUUAAAACAGCAUCACAAUUAUGUCUGAUAGCCAUCAUCUAAUGCAAAGUGGUUAAAGGAUAACAUUUGCAAGGUCUUGAUUUCUUCCAAAGCUGCAGCAUAUGAAUUGCAACAGACGAGCCAUCCAGAGCUAAAGAUUGACAGACUCUACAGAAGAAAAGGCAUCUAUUUCACUGAUCAGUUAAGGUACAAGACCCUGCUGGAAGAUGGAUCAUAAAGCAGUAUACAAACAAGUGGUGAAGGAAGUUGAAUGUUUUGACUUUAGUGGGAGUUGCAGUCCAUGUGACAUAAUGAUAAUGGGAGAAAAUGCAUUCCCUCUUGUGGUAAAUAGAAAAGGUCACAUUUUGGUUGCUGCUUCAUGUUACGGCGAUGGAAAGAUUGUGGCUAUAGGCCAUGAAGCAUACUUAAACAAUCCCAAGUUUUUCACUUUUAUUAGAAAUGUUAUUGAAUGGAUGAAUCCAAUGCAAGCUGGUUCAAUUGGAAUUCAGAGUUGCUUUGAUAACUUGUUUAAAGAUCUCUGCAAAAAAAAUCUUAAUGUCAGUUCACUCACAUGUUUCAAUGACUCUAUCAGCGUUUACUGCACAAAUGCAUAUUUUGAUAAAAAUCAAGCUCGAGACUUGGUAAAAUUUGUAAAAGGAGGCGGAGGCUUGAUAAUAGGAGGCCAAGCUUGGCACUGGUCUCAGAACAAUUGUAGUAAAAAAGCCUUAUUUUCAUUUCCUGGGAACAAGGUAACACGAGUAGCAGGCAUACAUUUUACACCAACAAUUGCUGAAAACGGAAUAAUUUAUGUCGGUGAAGAAAUACCAGCUAUUCCAAUGCUUUCAUCCCACAAGUUUGAUGUCGCCGAUGAUCUAGCUGAACUCAUGGAGGAUGUGGAGGAAUUUCAAAUACCAAAACAAUUUACUUUAUCUUCUUUGAUGCUUCAUGGUCCACUGGCCUUUCCUCUUGGAGUCGAUGAUUCCCAUCACACGCUUCUAGCAGCUGCACAUUAUGGAAAAGGUCGUGUUGUGGUGGUAUCACAUGAAGGCCUGUUUUCACAUCUUGCAAUGAAAACAUUUUUUGUUAAUGCAGUACGCUGGCUUGAUGCUGGGAAGGGAGGCAAGAUUGGAGUUGUAAAGCAGUUGACAGGCUUUCAUAAUAUGCUUGUUCAAGAGUCCUUCCCUUCUGAACUGUGUGAUUUUAGUGAACAGCUGCAUGUUUACUGCUGUACGUCUUACAGUGAUAGCAAUUCAGACAAAAUUCAUGAAUUUGUUGCAGAAGGUGGAGGCUUACUCAUUGGUGGUCAUGCCUGGUGGUGGGCUUAUUCGAACACAGGUAAAGAUGCAAUUGCUGAAUAUCCAGGGAACAAAAUCCUAAACAAAUUUGGGAUUACUAUCUUGCCAGUAUGUAUCUCAGGUUCUACAAUCAAAGCUCCAUCACCAGAAGACACAUUCAAAAGUUACCACUUCCGAAAUGCUCUGUCUGUGCUGGGAGACCAUGUUCUAAAAAACAAAGAACUAGAUCAAACAGAAGUGGCAUGGAUGAAGAAACUUGAACAUGACUGCAGGGUUACCUUAACAACUACAACAGAAGGAAAUCAUUCAUUUACACAGAUACAUCAGUUCUUCACUGACUUAUUACUCAGUUGCAAUGGCCUCACAGAAACAAUUAACACUCCUGUAAACUUCAACUCAAAAGAAAUACUUUUACAAUCGAUAGCAACAGAGCUCUAUCAUUUAUCUCCUAAUCCAGAACAGAUAGCCACAGCCGUCUACAAAAAUCUGCCUGAGCUGCCUACAACACCUUGUGUAGAACUUGACAUCAAUGGCGAAAAUGAAGGUGGUGUAGCUUGGAGAAGCACAGGCCUUUAUCUUUCUCCGGCAUCUACAGUGACCAUCACAUUUCCUUCAACUGUCCUUGCAGCUGGUUUGCAGGUUCGAAUUGGAUGUCAUUCUGAUGAGCUAUAUGGUUGCAAAAUGUUAAAACGGCCCCCUAAAGUCACAAGAGUUUUUCCUGUCACUGAGGAAAAGAUUACACCCUCUACUUUGUGGGGUGGGCUGAUCUAUAUUGUUCUCCCAGAAAAAUGUCAUGUUGGUCAAAUCCAUAUUGCUGUAGAAGGAGCAGUCAGGGCUCCCUUCUUCAAGUAUGGGGAGACAAGCUUAUCAGACUGGAAGGAAACAAUUCAACAGUACCCCGGUCCCUGGGCAGAACUUGCAACUGAUGAACUUAUACUGACAAUUCCAACUGACAUGGUUUCCCAGCUAGAGAAUCCAGAAAUCCCCUUGGCCCUCUGGGACAAAAUUAUGAAAUCAGUUGCUGAACUGGCUGCAGUAAGGACACCUUUUCCAAGACCAGAAAGAAUUGUGGCAGAUGUUCAGAUCUCUGCUGGUUUUAUGCAUGCUGGGUACCCAAUAAUGAUGCAUAUCAACAGUGCAAAUGCUCUUAUAGAUGUGGAGUUUAUCCAGAAAUCUGGACUAUGGGGAAGUAUACAUGAAUUGGGACACAACCAACAAAAAAGCAACUGGGAGUUUUCACCUCACACUACAGAGGCAACCUGCAACCUCUGGUCUGUUUAUGUACAUGAGAAUGUGUUGAAUAUUCCCCGCCAUGAUGCUCAUGGAGAGCUUAAACCUCAACAACGAGAAAACAGGAUCAGGCAAUACUUAAAGAAGGGUGCACAGCUCACAGACUGGAACGUCUUUACUUGUCUGGAGACCUAUUUACAGCUGCAAGAAGCAUUUGGAUGGGAUCCAUUUAUCCAACUGUUUCAAAUCUAUCAAACUUUACCAGACAUUGGCAAUGAUAAUGCUGCAAAGAUGAACAGAUUUGCAGAAAUGUUUUCUCAGAAAAUCCAGAAGAAUUUGGUUCCUUUCUUCACAACGUGGGGAUGGUCAAUUAAUGAAGAUGUUGCAAAGAAGCUGUCAGAAUUACCUGAUUGGGAUGAGAACCCUAUGAAAAAGUAUACAUCGGAUUAACUAUUGAAUGAAGCCGAAACAGAGAUUAGGAACUUUAAUCUUUUUUGCCAGGUUUUGGAUAAAUCUGAUGUUUUAUAUUAAGGAAAUAAUCAUUAGUUACAUGAAUGAAUAAAAUGCACAUUAGUUUCAGUGGUAAGCAAAACAUGAGCAGAUGCAAAUAUGUUCUUUUAAAGUGGAUGUUUAGGUGCAGGUAAGACAUAUGAUUAUAUUAUAUUAAUUUUUAUUCUUUAUCCUCUUCUGGCUUUGAGAAUAUUUGUAAUUUUAGAAAGCCACUAUAUUCUCUAUCCAAGUGUCUUAGUCUACAUGCUACAAACAUAUAUGAGAAACAACAAGCGUUUUAAGGCUACAAUGUAUCAUUUCAUUCAUUGCACAGGCAGCACUGCCCAUGUAGUCACAGUCUACUUUUCACACCCCUUUCCUAUUCUAUGAUCAUAUUCUUCAACCCAUUAUUAAUGAAUAAGCAACUACACAUUAUGAGAGAAUAUAGCUUGUUUUGUCAUAUUCUGCAUGAAAUAAUGCACUUCUACUUCACUCUUAGCCUAAUCUUUCUGACAUUCCAUUUUAAUCCAGCCUACCCCUCUCACUAUGCAGAUUUUCAUAACGAUUAAAUGAAUUUAAGUAUAUGUCCUCCCUGUUCUGAUCGCCAAGUUACAUAAAGCAAGUUCCCUCUGCACUUUAUCUUUCUUCCUGAACAGACAAAUCAAAACAUUCUCCCCCAGAUUUAUUAAACUCCAUGUAGGAAUAGCAUUAUUCCUACACAGCGUGAAUGGUGUCCAUGUCCAUAUCUCCCUUUCGGCAGUGCACCUUGAAUAUUAAUGAAGGCAUGCUACUGAGAUGGAGCCGUGUACACAGAUACUGAAUCAGUGCAGGGGACAUGUUACAGUAGUGCUCACAGAUCUGUAACAUGCCCCCUGCACUGUCCAAAGUGCCGUACAGCACUUUACAAUA